UAUAGAACGCACCAGAAAACCAGUAUGGCUGAUCAAGGUGAGGAAAACCCAAAGAAAAUUCAAGUUGUCGUCAAAACCCCCAAGGAGAAAAAUACCGUAGAGGUUGAGGAAACAGUGACUGUAAAAGAGUUUAAAGAUGAAGUUUCAAAGAAGUUUAAUAAUACUCCAGUGGAACAACUAUGUCUUAUAUUUGCGGGCAAAAUAUUGAAGGACACAGAUACAAUAGUCAAGCAUGGUAUCAAGGAUGGUUUGACAGUGCAUUUAGUCAUCAGAUCUGCUAACAAGGCCCAAGAACAAGCAGCUCAACAUGCCCAGCAAUCUCAGUCCAGCUCAUCCACUAGUACUGCCCCACCUCCUACGAGUCAAACACAACAAUCCAACCUGUUUGGUAGUGGACUUGGUGGUCUAGGGGGCAUGGGCCUAGGAUCAGCUAAUUUUAUGGAAAUGCAACAACAAAUGCAACAACAACUUUUGAAUAAUCCAGAGAUGUUACAGCAAGUGAUGGAGAAUCCAUUAGUGCAGAAUAUGAUGCAGAAUCCAGAGAUGCUUAGGCAGAUGUUGAUGAGUAACCCACAGAUGCAACAAUUAAUGGAGAGAAAUCCUGAAUUAUCACACAUGUUAAAUAACCCAGAGUUGUUGCGUCAAACCAUGGAGCUUGCCCGUAAUCCAUCCAUGAUGCAAGAGAUGAUGAGGAGCCAAGAUAGAGCCUUAAGUAAUUUGGAAAGCAUCCCAGGAGGUUACAAUGCUUUACGGAGAAUGUAUACAGACAUCCAAGAGCCUAUGAUGAACGCAGCUCAGGAACAGCUUGGUGGAAACCCGUUUGCAGCUCUUAGUGGAAAUUCUUCUGGUAGUAGUUCUUCGCAGCAGGGUCGAGAAAACACAGAUCCUCUACCAAAUCCAUGGGGUGGUGGCAGGACAACACCAGCAACGCCUGCUACAGCUACCACAACAUCCACUGCGUCAUCAACAUCAUCAACAACAUCUACAACACCACCACCACUACCAAACCUAAGUGGAGUUCAACCUGGACCAGGCAUCUUCAACAGUCCAGGAAUGCAGAGCAUGAUGCAACAGAUGCAAGCUAAUCCGCAGCUGAUGCAGAACAUGAUGCAGGCACCAUACAUGAGAAGCAUGAUGCAGAGCUUGAGUACGAACCCCGACCUUGCUUCACAGGUUUUGGCAUCUAAUCCAAUGUUUGCAGGAAAUCCACAGCUUCAGCAACAGAUGCAGCAGAUGAUGCCUCAAUUCCUACAGCAAAUGCAAAACCCUGAGAUGCAGUCAGCGAUGACAAAUCCAAGAGCCAUGCAAGCAAUCAUGCAAAUUCAGCAAGGAUUACAGCAGCUACAACAAGAGGCUCCAGGUCUUAUGCCUGGCGUUACCGGACUACCAACAGCAACUGUAACAACUGCAGCUCCUACUGCCACCACCACCACUACUAACACAGCACCAUCAUCAGCCACCACCACCACCGGUACAGGAUCUGGGGCGCCACCUCGCAUGGGCAAUGCAGACCAAUGGACCCAAAUGAUGUCAACGAUGAUGCAGUCUUUAUCUACAAGUGCAAACACCGGUCAGGCUCCUGAAGAUCAAUUCCGAACUCAACUGGAGCAGCUAGCGACCAUGGGUUUUGUUGAUAGGGAAGCUAACAUAAGAGCGUUAACAGCAACUGGUGGUGAUGUAAAUGCAGCUAUUGAUAGGCUGAUAGGGGGCGCCAGCUAACCAUCCAUCGUGUUAAAUUUGUCUAGUCUUGAUGUAUAAAUGGAUAUAGAAUAUGUAUGUUACAAGGUGUAUUUGCUUCUAGACUAUUGUAUCAACAAAAUUGUUUUAAUUUUUUGCCUCAAAUAAUAAUAUUAGACAAAUAAAAUAAAAAUCAUUGUAAAAUAUAGUAUAGAAUGUGAACGGGCUGCAGAUGACGUGAAUGGUAAUGUUCACUAAUGGUGGUAGCGAUUGGCGUCUACCUGCCAAAUCCAUUCUAAGGAUUUCAUGAUCAUCAAAUGUUAUUCUUUAAUUUUGAUUUUAAUAAUAUUUUAUAAUAAUUCAGAAUUAUUGUCAUUAGUAAGGUUUGAGCCUUGCAAUAUAGUACAAAUGCUAAGUUCACACAGACAAGUUAAUUAGUGCUAUGUGUAGGGUAGCACAGGUCUUGACACAUAACAUUAAAGGGCGCUGUAAAUGAUUGCAGACCCCAGUCAAGGUGCUUUGGCAGCCAUGUUUUUUAAUUUUUCCCAGAUUUCCUUUCAUGGUCAUGUGAUCGUCAGACUAUGGCAUUUACUUUUAGCACAAAGACUUAUAACAACUGUAAUAUGUUUAUGAUAAUAUUUGGAAAAAAAAUAUUGUUUAAUUUAAGCACUUGACUUUCUUAAUGGUUACACAUUUGAUAUUUAUUUGUGUAGCAUGAAAUUAGCUUCUAAGACAUAAAAAAAGUUACUGUAAUAUGUUAUUUGUUAGCUGCAAUUUUAUUCUUAAAGUGGUUAACAAAUUGUUAGAGUUGAAGGAUGUCUCUGGUCUUUUAGUUAUCCUCCUCCUUUGACAUGUGUUUAACAUCUAAUAACAAUUGAUAGUUAUAGAAUUAUCAACUUAGACUACAGUAGCAUCUAUAUUCAAAUGGAAGAUUGCUUCUGUAAUUACUUGUCCUUAUUUCACAAUGGCUUGGUUGCUGCCUGCCUUGCAUACAAUAUAUACAGAAAUUAUUUAUCGCAGUAAAAUAAGAUUUAGAGGUCCGAAAUGUAAACUGAAUGUUUAAAACAUAUAUUUUUAGUUGCAUAUCAUCAUUCAGUUUUAUUUUGUGACCACACUUUGGUAUAAUGAACUUUGCUUUAUAUAUAUAUAUAUAUACAUAUAUAUACACAUAUAUAUACAUAUAUAUACACAUACAUAUAUAUAUACACAUACUGUACAUAUAUAUCGUCACUGUUUUCACAAAGAGACACAAACUUCAAUUUCGAUGAAAACAACGUUUUGAGAAAAACGUGUUUGAAGUGGACUACUUCACAAAUCCGUAAAUUUCACUAUCAAGAUAACGGAAUUUUUAGUAUUUUUUUACAUAUGUUUAAAGAUAAAGCAUUAAGCAAUCCAAAUGCGUAAUUUAUUUUUCUUUUCUUAACUUUAAUCAACCUGUUAAUUAGCGUGAAAAGUAUAUAUAAAUCAAGAUAGCCAUUAACACUGUAAUUAUAUAUAAAUUAACAAAGAAAGGUAAAUACAGUGUUC